AUGAGCUUGGAACCAGUACAACUAUACGGCGGAGCUAUUACCACAGUGAUCCCCAAAGGGUUCCUUGAUGCCUCCCUACUGAGACAGGUUCCGGACGCACAGGAGGUCUACGUCAACAGCAGGGAUGAAAACGAACAAUUCAACGAUGGGUUGCAAUUGAACGAGUCCAUCAUAGUGGACCUGUUGCAACCAGUGGCCCCCAAGGACUUGAAAGAAGCGUUGAAGGUCCAUGUGGAGGACAUCGUCAGUCUGAAUGAAACUACCAAGGACGAUAACCAAACGUUCGAUUGGGAAGUGCUACAAGUGGAUCAAGUCCAGGAGAAACCUUGUUGUAUUGCAGCUCAAUAUACAGUCAAAAAGUGGGGUAAGGAGGACUCCAAACAGGAGACUGUCGUUUCAUGUGUGGGACUCAUUAGAUUACAAGAGUUUCAAGUGGACGUGGUCAUCACAGUGAAUGCACCAUUGCAAGGUGAAGCUCAGCAAAGAGGUUCUGCAUUGAUAGCUGAUCCUCAUGUGCAAGCUGCAUAUAGCGUCCUACAGGAGAUGCUUAAACAGUUUGUCCUAGUGGAUAAAUCUCUGUUCGCAUGA